UCACACACCCAGGAGACUCACGAUUGAAGGUUUUCUGGACUCACUUGAUGCUGCAAAGGCCUAUCAUGGAGACCAACCAGGCCAGACAUCCUGCACAUUCAGACAGUUUGCAGUACAACAAGAAGUCUGGAGUCUUCCUGCUGUUCUCUGGAGUUUCCCUCGGCCUUGCGGGUGCCACUUUAACCACCAUGGGCUGGUAUCACUACCCAGAAAACUCCAACUUUGGGUGGAACACAUUUCUAGGACCCAUCCUGAUCUCCAUCGGAGGCACCGUCAUGCUAAUCAGCUUCUACAGGUUUGGGGUGGUCUCCUGCGGGCCCUGCCGACAGCUGGGUGAAGGAGCGCCUGCCAUGGAUCAAACAUCAAUAGGACCUUCGAUCAUUUUAAGUGGUAUAAAUCCACCAAUCAUGUUACACAAUGCCACAGCAAUGUUUCAUCUUCCACCUCCGUAUGACUUUAUAAACCGGGAAGUACACCAGGCCGCUGGGUUCCAGUCUGGCCGGUGUGUGAGUGGCGCCGGGUUCUGUGUGGAUAAUGCAGCAUUCACAGCAGAAGAAGAAGAAGAAACAGAGCGCAUGAGAAGCAGGAUUGAGAAGACAGAGGAGGAAAGAAGACGUGGUGAUGCUAUGAGUUCACGUCCACCUCGAUAUGAAGACAUCUACCCUUCCUUUUUUAAAACAACCUGAAUUCUCCUAACUUGUUAGAAAUGUCUUUCUUAGCUAAAAAUCUUUAUUUUUGACAUGUUCAUUUUAAAGGAAAACUCCAACCUCCCAUGUAUUUACCACAGCAUGUGCAAGUAAGUGAGUGAGUAACUUAGGUUUUACUUCCCUCACACAGCUGUUAUCAUGUACAGUUACCAUCAUAAUUAUGUAUGAAGUCAUACAAAAUGAGGCUCCCUGGAAGAAAACCUCAUUAAAAUUGAGAUUUAUGGACAAGCAGCUUCAUGUGAGGGCUCUAAGGUUCUGGAAACGUAUAUAUAUUUGGCAAAAAACAUCACAUUUUGUAUCCAGUGCUUGUUGUCUCUCAAUAGCUGCUGACAACACUGUACAACCAUUUCAUAUUGGCAGAGAAAAUAAAGAAAGCAAUUGUUGCCUGAAACCAGGACAAUUGACCAGAUACGUAAAAAGAUUAACCAUUAUUAUACUGGGAGAGAAUUAACAUUAAAAGAGAAAAAAAUGUCAUGUUUGUUUGUGGAUUUAAAAACAUCACGAAAGUUAAAAAAAUCUAAAAAUGUCUUGAUGGCAGGCUCUCUUACCACUACUACAAAUACUACAAAUACUACUACUACUACUACUUAUACUUAUAGGCUACUAAUAAGAGUAAUCCUAAUAGGUGAUGAUAAGGACAGUAAUCUACUCAAUGAAGCUAAAGUGUCCACAUUUCCCCUUCUCCCUGCAGGGUCAUGUAACAGUUUAAUGAAGCGUUCACUGUCGUUUGUGUUUGCAGGAUAAACACACUGUAAGGUUCACUGCACCACACGGGGGCAGAAACACUGAGGAAAUCUGAACACCUUCACUUACCGGCUCAGGUCAGGUGGUGUUACCGGGACUAUUCAAGUAUGCUAUAAUGCAUAGCCUAUUAAUUAUGAUAAUAAGAACAAUUAAAUUAAAUUUCGUUUUGAAAAAACAACAUUAGGCUACCUGAAACCAUUCUUAGAAAGUGCCUGCCCAUCACUAAAUGGCACAUUUCGUAUCCGUCGCAAAUAACUUGAAUUUUCCAGUUUUAUUCGACUUGUGCUUAUUAGGCCUAUAUCUUUAUUUUUUACAAUUUAUUGUAAAAACCUCUUUCGCUUCUAUAAUGUAGGCUACAGAACUUUCAAUGGACUUUUUGUUGAAAGGUCUUAAAUAAACACGCCUUGCUUAAAACAGUCCGUGUUAAUGAUUAAUGAAUGACGUCAUUGCUCCCGGUGUUUACACACUUUUUUCCACUGAGUAACUGUUGGUUAUUACAAUUAAAUCAAUUGCACAAUUCAUAAUUUGUGUAAAAAUAAAGCAUAAAAAAGCCUAUUUUUUAUGUGUUAUCUUUAUUUUGUGUAUGUUUGUAUACUUACAUCUAUUUCUUUUUUGUAGUUCUUUUUAAUGUGUAAUCUUUGGGACAACGAAACGCACUUCGGUCUCCCUGUUUGUAACACGAUUAGAGAUAUU